AUGGCAGACAACGACAAAAUCACCUUGACCCGCCUCUCCCAUGUCAUAUACCUGCAUCAAGACCUCAACAAGUUCAAAGCAUUCGCCAAGGACUUCGGCCUCGAGGAAGCCGACACACAGCCUGACGAGAACCUCGUCCUCUUUCGAGGCUACGGUCUAGACCAAUACGUCUACAUCGCCGCUCAGGCCCCAGCGGGCGAGGCGAAGAAGUUCGUCGGCGCGGGGUUUGUGGCGAGGUCCCGCGAGGACUUUGCCCGGGCAUGUCGACUCCCCGGCGCCGAGAUCGUUGACAUCAGUGCUUGGCCAGGCCAAGGCAGCCUGGUGAAGAUACGCGAUCCGAAUGGGUACGAGAUGAGGAUUCUGUAUGGGCAGCAGGAGCAGUCUCUUACGACGAAGGGGAUCUCCGUGGUAGACGGUGGGAGACCUACGUUGAAUGGUGCAAUCGACAAGCAGCGCAAGGGUGAAUAUACCCGCAUGGUCCAAAGCCCCGCCGCAAUUCACAAACUAGGCCACUUCGGCUACGAGACGGACAACUACGAAGCGACCUGCGCCUGGUACACAUCAACCUUCAACUUCAAACCCACCGACGUGCUCCACGCUCCCGGUAAAGAGGACCUGGACGUCGCCUCCUUCAUGCACCUCGACCUCGGAGCCGAAUACGUCGACCACCACUGCCUCCUCCUGACGCGCAGCGAAAACCCCGGGACGAAAAUCCAUCACUCUUCCUUCGAGGUCGAGGACAUCGACACGCAGAUGAUCGGGCAUCAGUGGCUUCUAGACCACGGCCAUGAGCUCGUCUGGGGUAUUGGACGGCACGUUCACGGGUCGCAGGUGUUUGAUUAUUGGUAUGACUCGGACCGGUUCAUCAUAGAGCACUAUGCGGAUGGAGAUUUGGUCAAUGGGGAUACUGGUGUUUAUAGGGCUGUGGCUGGGAAUAUGGCGGUGUGGGGACCGCCGGUGCCGGUGAUUUGGGGAGGGAAACAGCGGAUUAGUGCGUGA